UUUGGCUGAUCUUCCAGGAUGUGAAUGCUAGACUGAUAAUUUCACUGGCAAGCAUUUACUCCUAUUUAAGCUCUUAUCACGGAUGACGGACGAAUAACGGAUCGCUGCUGCCUUCUGAAAAUCUCGGCAUCUCCAUCACCAUCACUAUCAGCAUCAUCACCAACAGCCACAAACAUUACACGAGAACAGCUCCGGCGCGAUUAAAACGUUCGGGCGUUUGUUUACAUUCAGCCUUCGGAGAAUCCGUUUACAUUGCUCUCUCUCGGAAUGCCUUUGUGACGUCAUGGAGGUAGACGUUCUGUUUGGAGUUUUAAAAUGACCACCUGUUAUGUUUCAAAUGGCAUUGCACGUUGUGCAAAAAGAGAGGCGACGUUUUAAAUUCAUGCGGACAUAGUCUGCUGAAGUCUUCUAAUCUCCGGCAACGCAACUAAAGCCGUUUAGGGAUCCAUUUAGUGAUAAGCCCGACUGCUGCUGUCUGUCUGCAUCAACAGGGAACAUGGAUGGUGAGGAAUUUGCAAUGACGAGAGCGAUGAUGAUGAUGAUGAGUGCACUCGUAUGACUGCUCUGCUCCCGUGGAAACUAAAAGACACUAUCAUCCAGCGUUUUCACUAGUUUUGUGGAUUUUCGGUGAAAAACCUAUCUGUAUCACCGCGCAAACAUGGGCAAAGACGAAUGCAAGACCAUGUUGGAUGCGCUCAACAAAGUCACAGCUUGCUACAGGCAUCUGGUCAUUGCUUUGGGGAGCACAUCUGAUUCCCAAAACCUCAGAGAGGAGCUCAAAAAGACCCGAAACAAAGCCCAGGAGCUGGCUGUGGCCAACAGGACUAAACUCACGGCUCUUCUGAAGGACAAGAACAUCAGUAAAGAUGAUCGAGCCGAAUAUGAGCGCCUCUGGGUGCUCUUCACCAGCAGCGUGGAGCUCCUGGAGGUGGACAUGAAACGGUCCUUGGAGAUCGGACAGGAUUUUCCUCUUAAAGUGCCAACGAGACACCUCAUCCAGACAGGAAUGACGGGCAGCACCACCACCGUGGCGGCUCGAGCCAUGAGCGUUCAAAACAUGAAGUACGAAGCAGACGCGAACAUCGACACCGUGGACCUCAAAGAGCUGGAGACCGAGAUCGCUCAGGUGGACCAGAUGAUGGAGGAGAUGGAGAUGAAGGUCCAGGUGGCCCCGUGGGCAGUCGAGGCGAAGCAAGAGGCAGGAGCUGAGCUGAAAUCCACUGUCAGCGUUGGGAAUUCAUCGGUUGGUGUCAUCUCCAUCUGUGAGGAGGAACCCAAAGAAACUGUGGAAGGAGAAACUGGGCUGAUGAAAGUAUUUGCAGUGAUCAUUUUCACCGCGGUUUUGCUCAUAGCUGGAAUUCUGGGGUAUCUGGUGAUUAAUCUAUAAUGGAUGAAAAUAAUCUAUCUGGAUGACAGUGGCUCAGGGCUUUAGAUGUUCUUAUGGAGGAAGCAACACGUUGCUACGGUUGGUCUGUGAAAUUGUGGGGGUGAUUUAUGAUGCUCUUGGUGUGGAGAUAAGCAGAUCACCUCAAUGGGUAUUAGUAAAAUGCAUCAGUGUUUACUUUAAAGGGAAUACCCAAAAGGAAUAAAAACUCUAGUGGUGGUCCAUCAUGACCGGUUCCUCAACUCAUGAAUGUAAAAACUGGACAGAUCACAACCAGAAGUGGGAUUGUCUCAUAAAAGCUUUUAUUUUAGCAAAUUUGUAUCCUAAAAUAACUGUCACUCUCACUAUCUGGAAGUUUCACCACUCGGUAAAUGAAGACUACAACAUUUGUGACCCUCUGUUAGAGCAUCAGAGGGCUGUGCACAUUAAACAGGUAUUUGUUUCACAGUUUAUGUAGGUAGGUGACAUAUUUAAGGUUGCUCAUCGUGUUUCUGCAGACCUCCUGAGGAUUCACGCCAAGAUAUUCUUGUUAGUCCUUCUGCAAGCUGUCUGUUUAUGUUUCUGCAGAUAGCCCAUCUUUGACUGCUUGUGCUCUUAGGUGUGUUCUGAAAAACGGUCUGUUAUAGUUUAUUUGUAUAUAUGAAUUGUACCUUUGUUAAAUUAGUGUAUAUACAAUAUAUUUAUUAUAAUAAAUGAAGUAAAUGAUG